AUGAACGGCAUAGUAUCUAUCGAUCUAUCUAUCUAUCUAUCUAUCUAUCUGACACUGUUCAUAUCUAUCUACCUAGCUAGCUAUCAAAGUCUGUUCAUAUCUAUCUAUCUAUCUAUCUAUCUAUCUAUCUAUCUAUCUUUCUAUCUAUCUAUCUCUAAGACUGUUCAUAUCUAUCUAUCUAUCUAUUUGACCCUGUUCAUAUCUAUCUAUCUCAUCUGUUCAUUAUCUAUCUAUCUAUCUAUCUAUCUAUCUAUCUAUCUAUCUAUCUAUCUAUCUCAGUCUGUUCAUUUUCUUUCUAUCUAUAUAUCUAUCUAUCUCAGUUUUCUCAUUAUCUAUCUAUCUAUCUAUCUAUCUAUCUAUCUAUCUAUCUAUCUCAGUCUGUUCAUUAUCUAUAUAUCUAUCACUCUCGAUUCAUAUAUAUCUAUCUCAGUUAAUCUCUCACUCACACUAUGCUUUCUCUCUUCCCAUUUAUCUCAGUCUGUUCAUAUCUAUCUAUCUAUCUAUCUAUCUAUCUAUCUAUCUAUCGGUCGAACUAUUUCUUUCUCUUUCUCUAUCCAAGUUUGUUUAUCUCUCUCCCAUCAUGAUCUCUCUCAUUAUCUAUCACAUUUUGUUUCUCUCUUUCUUCUCUCUCUCUCUCUCUCUCUCUAUCUAUCUAUCUAUCUAUCUAUCUAUCUAUCUAUCUAUCUAUCUCUAAUACCCUAUCUAUCUCAGUUUGUUCAUGUCUCUCCUACCCUGUACACUCUCUUUAUCUCUUUGUCUGUUCAUAUUUAUCUAUCUAUCUAA